CCCAAAUUCAACUAUAUAAAUCAAGAAAAUUUAGAAUUGUAGAUAACGAUUGAGAGAGAGAAACACCCAGAUAGAUAACAAAGCUCCAAGAUUUUCGAUUCAACUACGUACCAUCAGAAGACCAAAGUGAGCAUCAAACCGCCGGCGAUGCAGUCAACGUGGACGAGAUAUGAAGACAAGCUGUUUGAGAAGGCUUUGGUGGAUGUUCCGGUGGGUAUUUCCGGAUGGUGGCAGAUGAUAGCCGACGCCGUUCCAGGUAAGACGGUGGAGGAGGUGAGGGCUCACUACGAGGAGUUGAUGCGCGAUUUAGAAGAAAUUGAAUCAGGUCGGAUUGAAUUCCCUUAUUACGGAGAUGAUUAUGGAAGGGACUCUUUUAUGAGUUGGAAUUCUGAGUUGAAAACGAGUCAGAUCUCGUUUGAGUCAGGGAAGGGUUCUAAACCUGGAGAAGGCCCCGAGAGGAAGAAAGGGACUCCAUGGACUGAAUCAGAACACAGGAGUUUUCUGGUGGGAAUGGAGAAAUACGGUAGAGGGGAUUGGCGGAGCAUUUCAAGACACUCGGUGAUCACAAGGACGCCAACACAAGUCGCCAGCCAUGCCCAGAAGUAUUUUAUCCGUCAGAAGACCAUAAAAAAACAACGCAAGAGAUCAAGCAUCCAUGAUAUCACCACCGCGAAUGCUGCCAUGCAGCCAACGUCAUCCACUAGUUUAGUCGGCGACAAAGGAGGAAUAGUACCACCACUAGCACCACGACGACCACCACUAGCACCACCACCACCACCACCAUCUCAGUCCGUGUAUCAAUAUUGAUAACUAAAAUCUUGGACAAACCAAUCUUAUUAGUGUGAUUAAUCUAGAAUCGUACAAACUUUCCCUCUAUUUAACCGUCACCACAAUUUGCAAACGCUCUCCUUUCUUAGUUUUCAGGCAUAGGAUUUAAGAGGUUUUUGCAUAGCUUCUAGGGUUUGGUUUCUAUUUCUUUUAUUGAAACACCAUUUUUCUCAUCGUUUUCAGCUAGACUUUUGAGAAGGUGCUAAAGAAUUUGUAGCCCUCUUUCCUUUACAACGUUUAUUACAUGAUAUACAAGUCAUCAAAAUGCUAUUGCAUUUGGAUUCGAAAAAGAUUUCCGUUUAUAGAUGACGGGAAAAUAUUCGUCUCAAAACCGUGUGACUAAUUCUUUUGGCAUCGGUUGUAU